AUGAGUGCGGACGACAACAACAGCACCGCAGGUGGAAAUACACUAUGGCUCACCUUCCUCGCAGCAUGGGCCGAAGAAGCACAAGCAAAAGGCUCCAAGGUAGCCCGUACAUACCGAAAGGCACACCAAUCCUUGGCAGCCUGUCCGAUCGAGUUGCAACAUCCAUGUCAAACGACGCAACUAUCUGGCAUCGGACCGACGAUUUCCAACAAGAUCGAACAGGAAUUGCAGAAAUGGUGUCAGGAGAAUGGAAAGGCGAUGCCAGAGCGGCCUUUGCGCCAGGUCUCAACUUCGAAGAGCAAGUCAGCAUCGGCGACAAAUGAUGAUGGUGGAGCAGAAGCAAGAGAACAUCUGGCCGUAGAAGCGCAAGAUGGCAGCCAUGGUGCAGCCAAACGAAACAAGCGAGGCGCAUCAGAUCGGCCGACCAAGAAGCGCGCUUAUGUGCCCCAGCACCGCUCAGGCGCAUACGGUCUACUCGUUGGACUCUUCAUCACCACCAGCGCCCGCGGCUCUUUGCAGCAGCAGCAGAAGGUCUCCAAAACACAGCUGAUCAAUGCUGCUCGACCUUACUCGGAUACCGAGUACGAGCUCGGCGGAUCUUCAUCUCGAGCAUCAGCAGCCGUGCCGCUUUCCAGUCACCAUGGCACAUCUGGCGGCAGUGCAGGUAGCUCUCGCUCCUUCUAUACAGGCUGGACCAGCAUCAAGACGCUCAUCGCUAAAGGAUACGUGCUGCAGUCCGGCAAUCCAGCUCGGUAUGCUCUAAGCGAUCAAGGUGCAACGAUUGCAGAGACGCUUGCUAAAGACGCUCGUGUUGAACCGACCGACGUCCAAGAUGCGACUGAAGCCGGUGAGGAUCUGGGUGAAGAAGAACUCGGUCAAGAAGAACUGGCUGAAGAAGAACUGGAGGACCAUGUUUCAGAGGACGAGCAAGAAGAUACACUCAACGAACGCCUCUCGACAUUGGAGCCAGAGGUGUUGAAAGCAGGCAGCUAUACCAUCCAUCUCCUCGUCGACAACCGCGAGCGUCACAGACCCGGAGGACGACAGGAGAAAGAACCAAUAGCUACACUCUUGCUCGAGCGGGGAAUAGACACCGAGACACGAGCGCUGCAAGUGGGAGAUGCUGUCUGGAUAGCACGCCGGAAAAAUCGGAGCGGCCUCGAAGCAGACGAAGUUGUGCUAGACCACAUUGUAGAGAGGAAGCGGCUCGACGAUCUUACCAGCUCCAUCCUUGAUGGACGAUGGAAGGAGCAAAAGUUCCGAUUGUCGUGCUCGGGACUAUGUAAAGUGCUUUAUCUCAUUGAAGACUACGACGUGGAGGAUGAGAUGGGCAAGUUUGCACCGCAAAUCCAGACGGCACUCAGUAGCUCACAGGUGGUGGAUGGCUUCUUUGUCGAGCGGACCUCAGGUCUGAUUGCCAGCAUCGACUAUCUAGCAGCAAUGGACCGCAUCGUCCGCAAGAUCUACGAACGACGAGAUCUUUCAGUGAUACCGAGUGCAGUCAUCUCUCGCUCAAGCUUCCUGCAGACAAGGGAUGAGCUGCAAAAAAAGCUGCCCUCUGCAUCUAUCCUGACCUCAUUCGAAGCCUUUCAGGCACUCAACAGCAAGAGUGCUGGUCUGACAUCCACGGAGGUCUUUGGCAAGAUGCUCCUGUGCAUCAAAGGCAUGAGCGCCGAGAAGGUGCGAGAGAUGCUGACCAUCUACAGCACCCUCCGUCAACUCACAGAGGCAUACCAAGGACCAGCGGAUGAGACCAAGAAAGCAGAUACGCUGCUUUCCAGCUCUACGGAGAACUUAGACCAGCGCAAGAAGAUCGGACCUGCGCUGAGUCGCAAAGUGGGCCAAGUGUUUUUGCAAUCACGAUACCCAGCCGAAUGA